AUAAGAACGGACUUUGCAGGCAGUGGAGAGAAGGACUCUCUCAGGAAAAUUUCAGGGUUUAGGGUUUCGUUCUUUGAAAAAAAAAACUGAACCGAGGAAAGAACUUGACCUUCAAUGGAGAGUGCCUUCGCGAGCGCCUCUGCGAUCACAGACCAGAGGCAAAGGAUCGAGCAGUACAGGCACAUCCUUGCCACCGUCAUUUCCUCCAACGACGUCGUUCAGGCCAAGAAAUUCAUCGACCACGUGUUAUCCGACGACGUUCCAUUGGUGGUGUCGCGGCAGCUCUUGCAGAGCUUCGCGCAAGAAUUGGGGAAAUUGGAGCCCGAGGCCCAAAAAGAGAUUGCACAUUAUGCUCUUGCUCAGAUUCAGCCUCGCGUCGUUUCGUUCGAAGAGCAGGUGUUAAUUAUCAGGGAGAAACUUGCUGAAUUAUACGAGUCUGAGCAGCAGUGGUCUAAAGCAGCUCAGAUGCUCAGUGGCAUUGAUCUAGAUUCUGGAAUGAGAGUGAUUGAUGAUACAUUCAGGUUGUCAAAAUGUGUCCAAAUCGCUCGCCUUUAUCUUGAGGAUGAUGAUGCUGUUAAUGCGGAAGCUUUUAUUAAUAAGGCUUCAUUUUUGGUUAGCAGUAGUCAACAGGAAGUCCUGAAUUUACAGUAUAAGGUUUGUUAUGCAAGGAUUUUAGAUUUAAAGAGGAAGUUCUUGGAAGCAGCAUUACGUUAUUAUGACAUAUCCCAAAUUGAAAAGCGGCAGAUAGGUGAUGAGGAGAUUGAUGAGGAAGCAUUGGAACAGGCUCUUUCUGCUGCUGUGACAUGUACAAUUUUGGCAGCUGCAGGUCCUCAACGUUCUCGUGUUCUUGCAACUUUGUACAAAGAUGAACGGUGCUCAAAGUUGAAAAUUUAUCCUAUUUUGCAGAAGGUGUAUUUGGAGAGAAUUUUGAGGAAACCUGAAAUUGAUGCAUUUGCCGAAGAAUUAAAAGCACAUCAGAAAGCACUUCUGCCAGACAAUUUUACGGUAUUGGAUCGUGCUAUGAUUGAGCAUAACCUUUUGAGUGCAAGCAAGCUGUACACAAAUAUAAGCUUUGAUGAAUUGGGCACCUUGCUGGGCAUUGAUCCUCAGAAGGCUGAGAAGAUAGCGUCGAGAAUGAUUUAUGAAGAUAGAAUGCGGGGAUCAAUUGAUCAGGUAGAAGCUGUCAUACAUUUUGAAGAUGACACUGAAGAGCUGCAACGAUGGGAUCAACAGAUUGUUGGCCUGUGUCAGGCUCUCAAUGAUGUCUUGGAUAGCAUGGCCAAGAAGGGCUUGUCAAUUCCUGUCUGAUUGAUAUUUUCGAUGACCACUAGAAGAUGAAAGAAUUUUUUUUUCUAUUUUUUUUUUUAAAAAAAGUAUUUAUUCUGCUUUAAAAGAUGGCUAUUAGCUGUUCAAUUUGAUGAAGUUACUAUGUAAUAUCUUUCUUUU